CUCGAUUGUUAAGUAAAUCAGUCAUCUCAUGCUCUCGUCAGAAAACCUCGAUGACAACUGACCAUCGCCGGUAGAUGUGGACUGUUUCCUAAAAGACGAUUGGUUGAUUUGUUCGUUGUCAGGCUGGCUGCACCAAUCAACAUCUAGGAUGUUAAUGACGUGUACGGUCGAUCUCCUGAAGGAAGUUGGGAAGAGCUCGAUUAAAAGAAAUGUUCAUUACCCGAGUCCGUAGUACUCUUCCUCUGGUGUCCGUGGUCUGGAUGAUAUCUCCGGUCACAAAUGCCUUGUUCGAUUUACAGAAACAUAUAAAAGUAAGAUUGUGAUCAGUGAAAGAUAACCACUUGCAAAGAAUUCUCUUCAAAGGAACAACAGUGUGUCCGCGAGAUACGUGGCAUUCUGAUGUGGACACGUAGAUACAACGUAAUGGCGACGUGGUCAUCGUUCAUUACUUGGAUCAUCAUUCUGGCUUUGCCAACUUUCUUAUCAGCUGUUGGGAAUCCCUCAGAAUCGACUAUUGACAUCGGGCUAGGAACCCAUCCAGACCCUGCUGCUGGCUCUGUUUUACCCUGCACAGACCUGUCCUCUCGGCCACUUCCGGAACCCGUUCAUCCAUUUCGAGUCAUUUGGAACCACCCGGUGAACUGUGACACGAAGAACAAUCCGAUACACUUCGAGGACUAUAGGAUCGACUUCAACCACGACAUGCACUUUUUGGGAGACAAGAUCAGGUUGUAUUACACUGGGGGCAGCUGGCCACACUACACCCAGGGCAACCCGGUCAGUGGGGGCUUGCCGCAGACACUAGACCCUCAGCACUACGUCACGACGCGCAACGACUUCAUGACCAGCAGAGGCUCCGGCAACUUCACGGGGCUCGCCAUCAUCGACUACGAAGGGUGGAGACCGAUCUUCACAACCAACUAUGGAGGAUUGUGGGUGUAUCAGUUCAAGUCCAUCGACCGAGUGCGAGCAAUGCACCCGGAAUACAACCAAACGAUGGUUCGAGAGGAGGCUAUCAGAGAGUUCGAAGCCGGAGCUAGGGAAAUCUUUCAAAAAACACUUGCCAUUGGCCAAGAGGUCAUGCCACACGGGUUCUGGGGUUACUAUAACUAUCCUCGAUUUUGGACAAACGCCAGGUCGACCAUUGACAUCAACAACAGACUAGCUUGGCUGUGGAAGCAAGCUGAUGUCCUCCUGCCCAGCAUCUACCUGUGGGGAUCCGCCAACAUCAGCAGGGAGGCUAAGGAGAGGGUUGUCAGAAACGCUGUCGGCGAAGCUGUUCGCAUCCAACAAACCUUUUCGAGGCCCAACACCCCUAUCUACCCGUAUAGCUGGAACCAGCGAGGGUCGUACGAUUUUUAUUCAAAGGAAGACCUGGACGCCACACUGCGACUAUCCGCUGACCUGGGGGCGUCAGGGGUGGUGCUGUGGGGGAGUUCUCUGUACUACCGAGCGCACAACCAGUGUCAGAGACUCCGACAAUACGUCCACGACCUUCUGGGCCCCUAUGUCAGAAAUCUGACAGUCUUCAUGGAGACAUGCAGCUCUCAGCUGUGUGCAAAACACGGAAGAUGUGUGCGGAAGGAUGUAGACAAGACAUCUGUUGUGAAUUCUCUCAAUACAUCUGUUCCCAUGAAUUUCGAGGACUAUCAUUGCCGUUGCUAUGCUCCGUGGUCAGGUCCCGACUGUGGGACACGACACUCGGUGGAUUGUCAACCUCAUUCCUCUGGUCACGGUCGGACUCCGAUCUCUGGAUAGGGUAUAUAUCUACUGAAAAAAAAAAUAUCACAUGUAGCUCUACAUUUUUCAUACCUUUAUGUUUUCUUGGACUCAAAGCAUGUAUGCCAAUGAUGAUUAAACAUCCUUUUCGAUUA